GCUGCUGGCCCUUCUUCUUCGAACCUGCGAAACCCACCGUCUCACUCUCAAAGUCUCAACGAGGACACUCCCGGAGGCCGGAGCAAAAAACCUUGCCGGCGGAGAUCGUCAAAGUCGUUUUCCCUGACCACCUCAUCCUCGCAGACCUUCCGGUGGCCAAGGGCAUUGGGUCAGCCACCGCAGCUUCGCCUGUCAAGACAAUCGGUCGCCGGUCCCGUCGUCAGCUCGGUGAACGUGUCCACUUUUGUGUUCGCUGUGAUUUCCCGAUUGCUAUCUAUGGAAGACUAGGACCUUUGGCCUUUUAUAAGGGCUUCAGCCCAAAUUUUGGAAGGCUAGGUUCUUGGAAUGUGAUCAUGUUUCUAACCUUUGAGCAGCAAGAACAAGUGUCAAAGCAUCUUUUCUGGGCAGCAGACUUCAGAUAGAAAGAAAGAAGAUGACAUCUUGGGUAUUGCCCAUGGUUUUGAUCUGAUGGGCGAUGAAGAUAUCAACGACUGUUUUGAUCUGGAUUCUGCCGACACAGAGGAAAAGAGAGGAGACGAAGAUGAAAUAUCAGCCUCUGGAAAUUGACCUAGCCCACGAAGGUGUAGAGAGUUUUUAAUUUGAUGUUCCACCAGUCUACUGUGGGUUUGGUUAUAAUUCUAAGGCAUAGAUUCCUACUUACAGUUUAGAGUCUGCAAUUUUAAUUGGGUAGUGAGAAUUGUGAUUAGGGGAGUUCAAUUUGGUCGAUUGGGACUGUGAGAUUAUGGUCGGUGGCUCCAAAUGGUCACGAACACAAGUCCUAGGCGUUUUAGAGAUGAGUGCACCAGCUGGGAACAACAGACUGCUGCUGUUAGAUUUGCAGCACCAGAUCAAGGUGGAAGUGGCUUCUCAGGAUCAUACUCAUGUUCUAUCAAAGCGUCCUAAAAUCCCACAUUCUGGCCCAAACCACAGGACCAAAAAGACACCUAAUUCCUCUAGACAUUACUACACACUUUUGUUAUUUGUUUGGGUAUCAUACAUGAAAAAGCUUCAAUGUCCAAUAACGUUUGUUGGAACUCAGAAAAAUGAUAAAAAAAAAAAAAAAAAAACAACCCACAGCAUUGUGCGGGCUUCUACCUAGUGCUGAAUAAAUUAGAAAAAUGUAGAAAAAUGUAAAUUUGAAAAAAAAAAGGAGAAAAGCAGAUGCAUGAUUCAUCUUUAGAUAUAAAAUACAUAUAACAGCUGGAGCAUCUAUGUAUCCACAGGUCCACAACCAGUAAAAACGACAAACAGAGAAGAAUAAAAUAGCUGUCGAGAUCAGUAGUGGACUAGUUGCAGACUUGCAGUGAAGUCUAUAUUUCAUAAAAGAGAGAUAGAUUCGUCCCUCUCCUAGUUUCUUCAAUUUUUUGAUUAUCUUGAGUAGAGAUCGAUGGCUGAAUUUCUCACUUUUGGUGCUCAAGAAUUGCUGACGAAAGUGGCUUCACGGGCCGCUGAAGAGUUCCAUCUUGUAUGGGGAUUCAAUGGAGAAAUUGCAAAGCUGCGUGAGUCGGUGCUCAUGCUUGAAGCUGUGCUACGAGAUGCCGAACAUCCGCGACAAGAUCAGGGAGAGGCUGUGAAGCUCUGGGUGAAGAAGCUUGGAGACAUAGCUCAGCAUGCCGAUGAUGUGCUGGAUGAUUAUGGAUAUGAGCUUCUCCGGCGUCAGGUGCAAUUGCGAAACAAGGUGCAAGAUUUUUUUUCCCUCUCCAAUCCCAUCUUUUUUCGUGUUAAAAUGGCACAUAAAAUUAAAAAAAUCAACACAUCUUUGGAGGAUUUGGGUAAAAGGGCAACUGCUAUUGGCUUAUUUGCUAGACUAUCCUUAGAUGCAACCACUUCCCAUGAUAUAAGCAUUGACAGGGAAACCUACUCUAUCUUAAAACAAGAUGAAAACAAUGUCAUUGGAAGGGACGAUGUUGUGGCAGAUAUAAUUCAAGCCCUGACCAAAUCAAACCACAAUCGGGAAAGUGAUCUCUCGGUUCUGGCCAUUGUGGGUAUGGGAGGGCUUGGAAAGACAACUUUGGCUAAAUCAAUAUAUCAUGAAUCUGAGAUAAGCAAGCACUUUGAGAAAAAGAUGUGGAUAUGUGUAUCUACCCCUUUUGAAGUCAAUUCAAUUCUAAGAGGAAUCCUGGAAUAUCUUAAACCAGAAGCUGCAGUGAAAGGUAUAGAUGCAAUAUGUAAUAUUCUCCGAGAAGAGUUGAAAGGAAAGAGAUAUCUUCUUAUACUUGAUGAUCUAUGGAAUGAAGAUGCUGAAAAAUGGGAUGGUUUGAAGGCUUGUUUGCAAAGAAUUACCGAUGCCCAAGGAAGCAGCAUUGUUGUCACUACUCGCAACGACAAAGUUGCAAAAAUGGUGGAGACACUUCCUAGGUGUGAUUUGAGAAAACUAUCAGAUGAUGAGUGUUGGCUUAUAUUGAAGAAUAGAGCAGUUCCUGUCGGAAGUGUUCCUAUACUUGAAGAUCAAGAGACAAUUGGAAGGGAGAUUGCCAAAAAGUGUGGAGGUGUACCAUUAGUGGCAAAGGUAUUAGGAGACAUCAUGCGCUCUAAAACGAGUAAUGAAUGGAGUUCAAUUAUGGAAAGUGAAAUAUGGGACUUGCGGGAUGAAAAAGACAGAAUCAUGUCGAUUUUAAAGUUGAGUUUUGAUGAAUUGAAACCUUCAUCAUUGAAACAGUGUUUUGCAUACUGCUCGAUGUUCAUCAAAGACUUUGAAAUGGAAAAGGAUGACUUGGUUCAACUUUGGAUGGCUCAAGGAUGGCUUCACAGCACCAAAAGUAAUAUGGAGAUGGAGGAUAGAGGGAACGAAUAUUUCAACAUUUUAUCAGCAAAAUCCCUUUUUGAAGACGUUAGAACUGAUUAUAAGGGUAAUACAACAUGCAAGAUGCAUGAUCUUGUGCAUGACCUUGCAGAACGAGUAUCAAACAUGACAAACUGCCGCUCACUAUUUUCCAAGGGAGAAGCACUUGGGAACACCUUGCCUAACAUUAGAUCUUUACGUGUGUUAAAUUUAUACAAGGCAGGCAUUGACAAGUUGCCGAGUUCAAUUGGAAAGUUGACACACUUGAGGUAUCUGAAUGUUAUGAAAACAAGAGUGAAGACAUUUCCAAAAUCUAUUGGUCAAUUUUAUUACCUUCACACGUUUAAAAUGCCCUAUCAUGUUGAAGAGUUCCCAGAGAUGAUAGCUGAUAUGAUCAACUUGAGACAUCUUUAUUUUGGUAAACAUGCGAAAGUUCCUGUUGGCAUAUUGGGAAGAUUGACGAAUCUCAGAUCAUUACCUUUUUUGAAGGUGGGUAAAGAAACUGGGCCUAGGAUUGAGGAAUUGAGUGGGUUAAAUCAUUUGAGAGGCACCUUAUCCAUCUAUAAUCUGGAGCAUGUAAGAGAUGGAGAAGAAGCAGUGAAUGCAAAGUUAGUUGAUAAGAAACAUAUAUGCAAGUUAACUCUCGACUGGAAGCUUAGUAGACCGAGCAACAAUAUUGACAAUGAGGAUGUUGUACUUGAAGGCCUGCAACCACAUCGUAAUUUGGAAAUUUUGAAGAUUAAGGGGUUUAUGGGUGUUAAGUUUCCAUCAUGGUUACUGCUUGCCAGUAACUUGAAAGAAAUUGAAUUAGCAGGGUGCAACAAAUGCGAAGGAGUUCCAAUACUGGGCCAUCUGCCAAAUCUCAUACAUGUUAAGAUGAGGAACAUGCAGAACCUAAGGUGCUUGGGGUCUGAGUUUUAUGGUUACGAUCAGAUUUCCGGUGCAACAACAAGUGACGAGAGAAAGACUUUGUUUCCUGCUUUGAGAUCAUUACUUAUUGAGAAUGCCGAGAAUCUAAUAGAUUGGAUGGAAGCAGGGGAAGUGAUGCUGACGGCAGAAAAAUUAAGGGUGUUUCCUUACCUUGAGGAGCUGACCUUGGAGCAGUGUAAGCAAUUGAGAAGUGCUCCCAGUCAUUUUCCAUCUCUCAUGAAGUUGUCAAUACGAGGAGUGGAAAGUGGUAUGCCUAUAGCAAGUAUUUUAAGCAAUAAACUGACUACGCUGACUCAUCUCGAAAUACUUCGUGUCGAGGGACUUGCUAGUCUUCCGGAAGGGACGUUAAGAAACAACAAGAAUCUUGAAGCUCUGCAUAUAGAAGACUGUCCGGAGUUAAGUUGCAUUGCUCCCCAUGGAUUUAACUGCUACGCUUCUCUUCAGAAACUGAGAAUUUGGAAGUGUCCUAAGUUGAGGUAUUUAUCUGAUGGGCCACUCCCACUCUCUCUGAAGAAGUUGGAAAUAAGAGAUUGCUCCAGUCUAGAGUCCGUUCCAAUUAUCCCUGAGCAAGGCGGUCUCCCAUCUCUGCGCAAAUUGCAAAUAUCCAAGUGUUCUCAGUUAUCCAGUUUACCUGAUGGGCUACAAUACUGCACAUCUCUUCAAGAAUUGCGUAUAUGGAGCUGCCCAAAGAUAACGUCCAUUCCAGCCCAAUAUAUUUUAUGCACAUCUCUUCUACUACUGGACAUACGGAGCUGCCCAAAGAUAACGUCCAUUCCAAUUCCAUCUAAGGGCCUCCCGUCCCUUGGUCGACUGGUGCUUUUGCAGUGUCCUGAAUUAUCAAGCCUACCGAGUGGACUAGGGUGCUGCACCUCUCUUGUUGAUCUGUCAAUAAGGGAGUGCCCUAAGGUAACAUCCAUUCCAAUUGGCAGUCUCAGUACAACCCUCCGAUACUUGUCUGUAAGUAAUCCAGAGUCUCUUCCAAUUUUACACGGCGGCUUCACAUCGCUCUGUCAUUUGCAAAUCGUGGAAUGUCAAAGUACACAAAUUGAUCUGCAAUUUUGUCAAAUCCUCGUCUCUCUUGAGGAUUUGACAAUAAGUAAUUGUCCUAAUCUAGAGACUGUUCCAAGUUUAGACAAGCUCACAUCCCUCCGUAGUUUGGAGAUUUAUGCUUGUUCCAGAUUAACAUGUCUACCCAGUGGGUUAGCAAUGGCAUCCCCGCAUGUAUUCACCUGUCUCAAGGGAUUGGAAAUUGGUCGGUUUUGGAAUGAGCUGGAUUCAUUCCCGGCUCUUCUGGUCCUACCACAACUUGAAUCAUUAGGGAUCUACGGGUGGCCGAAGCUCAAGUCUCUGCCUGAACAAAUUCAACACUUGACGUCUUUGACCGAAUUGGGGAUAAAUGAGUUUGAGGGAGUGGAGGCUAUUCCAGAAUGGUUGGGAAACCUUGCAUCUCUUCACUCCUUACAUAUUUGGAAUUGCAAGAAUCUGAUGUAUCUACCUUCCGUCCAAGCUAUGCAACGCCUCACCAAAUUAGAUUCGCUAUGCAUCUCCAAUUGUCCCCUUUUGAGCGAAAGAUGCACCGCGGAGAGCGGCCCAGAGUGGCCUAAGAUUUCUCAUAUUCCAAACAUCUCUGGUAUUGGGAUGUGAAAAUGGGAGCUGGAAGGAAGACACAAACCUUUAUUAUGCCUCCUAAUGCAGACCUGGCACCCUACUCUGUACAAGCAAGACAGUUGAGAAGUAAUCACCUUGGUGGAGUUAUCUUUGGUUGCAAGAGCAUCACAAUGAUGGAGUGUAUAUCUAAACAACUCUUUGGUUUACCGGGUCCACACUUUUCAUAUGUGAAGAAUAUUAGACCUGGCUUGCCCCUCUUUCUCUUCAACUGUAAUGAUAGUACGCUUCAUGGAAUUUAUGAGGCUGCUGGGCAUGGCCAAAUGAAUAUUGAUCCAUAUGGUUGGACAACUGAUGGAUCAGUGAGAACACAAUUUCCUGCACAGGUUCAAAUUCGCAUCCGGCUGCAGUGCAAACCACUGCUUGAAAGUCAAUUUAAACCAAUUAUUGCAGACAACUACUAUAGUGCAAAUAAAUUCUGGUUUGAGCUUGAUCAUGCUGAGACAAACAAGCUGAUGUCGUUGUUAGCAUCUUGCGCGGUUGCACAAUCUCUCCAGGUACUUCUGUACCGCAGAAAAUACCAAAGAGGAAAACUGAUCUUCCAACGCAACCCUCACGUAAGACAACAGUGGCAGCUUAGUGACUUAAACCACUCACUUCAGGGGCGAAAACACAAGUUGGAAACUACAAUCCAUUUGAAGCUGUAUUAGAUGUGAAAGACGCUGAACAAGAUGAACAGCACCUCAUUUGCACGAAACUGAAAGAGUUGUCUCUUCAACAUGAUCUCAACAGUGAAUACCAAAAGGUGCCUUUGUCAAUAGAUGUUAAAGAUAGUGCUAUUGUUAAUGCAACGCCUGUAGCAGUCAAUUGGAAUCCACCCGAACCAUGGGGUUUAGUGGAGAUGAGGCUAGAGAGGUCUCAUUCCUGGUCUGAGAAGAAGAGUGGAGGGAGUCCUUGCUUAUUGUCUGCGCUGAGUCCUCGAUCCUCGUCUGAUUAGUCACAAAUCGAUAAGUUGGUUCAAGAGGUAGAAGAGCUAAAGGCUUUCAAGAAUGAACAAACUAAGAAGAUAGGCUAUUUGGAGUAUAAGCUGGAGCAGGCACAGUCUGAGAUUAAACAGUUAAAAGAUGAUAUGAAGUUUGAAUCUGAGUCUACACCAUCCCUUGCACAUAUUGAUGAAAAGCAGGCAGAGUCUGAAACUAAGUUAAAAGACGGUAUGAAGUUGGAAUCCGAGUCUGUACCCUCCACACAAGAGAAGGAUUAUGCAUUGUGUGAUAUGCUGGAUGUGGAUCCUAAUGAGUCAAUAUAUCAAGUCCGAAUGAUGGUGAAUUAUCAUGAACAGAGUGCCCUAAGGUAACAUCCAUUCCAAUUGACAGUCUCAGUACAACCCUCUGAAACUUGGUUGUCAGUAAUAUAGAGUCUCUUCCAAUUUUACACGGCGGCUUCACAUCCCUCUGUCGAUUGGUAAUCAACGGAUGUCAAAGUACACAAAUUAAUCUGCAAUUUUGUGCCUUUCUUCAAAUCCUCGUCUCUCUUGAGGAGUUGACAAUUAGAGUGUCCUAACAUAGAGACUGUUCCCGUGAGUUGAGGAUUACUUAUUGUUCCUGAUUGACUUGUCUACCCAGUGGGUUAGCAAUGGCAUCCCCACACGUAUUCACCCGUCUCAAGUCCUUGGGAAUUGGCCCAUUUUGGGAAGAGUUGGAUUCAUUCCCUGCUCUUGAGGUUCUACCACAACUUGAAUCAUUGACGAUCUACGGGUGGCUGAAGCUCAAGUCUCUGCAUGAACAAAUUCAACACUUGACGUCUUUGACCUAUUUGCGGAUAUAUUGGUUUGAGGGAGUGGAGGCUAUUCCAGAAUGGUUGGGAAACCUUGCAUCUCUUCACUUGUUAACUAUUUUCCAUUGCAAGAAUCUGAUGUAUCUACCUUCCGUCCAAGCUAUGCAACGCCUCACCAAAUUAGAUUCGUUAAGCAUCUACAAUUGUCCCCUUUUGAGAGAAAGAUGCACCGCGUAGAGCAGCUCAAAGUGGCAUAAGAUUUCUCAUCUUCCAGACAUCUAUGUUGAAUGAGGCAGGUGGUUGCAUAAACAGUUGAAGCUAUUUGAUGCAUCAAUCAAGAAUAAGAGGUGCCUACGGGAGUAUCUCAAUUAGGAAUUGCUUCAUGUUUCACUUCAACUUACUGUGUUUGCUGUGCUGUAUUUACAGGAGCAUCUACAAUUUUAUUAUUUUGUAGAUUGCAAUCAUUUUGAUGCUUAUGGAUUUUCAGAGAGAGGAUGAGCGCGGUAUUGAAACAAACAAACUGAGAACCAUAUGGAAGCAAAAACGGUGGUUAAUUUGUAGAAGAUGAAGAGGAGGAAAAAGAGGAUCAUUCUCAACUGGUUGCCCUUCCUCCUCAUGGGUCUUGGUCUGAAGUUUUCAUUGGUGCCCUUCCUCAAGAUGCCUCAGAAAAAGUGUUGAGGAAGGGCAACUACUUCAAUCACACCGCUUCCAUCCUAUCACUCUAAAUCUCUAUACCAGUAUCGUAGGGCAGCUUCUCUAAACAACAAAUCCUUCAUGCUCGGCAAGAAGUUCGUCAAAGCUUGCAUUCCAGGAAUCACAGUUGCGAAUUUUGCCCAGACCAGGAAUGAAUGUUUAAAGGUAGUUAAAGAUAACUACUGUGCUUGAAAAAGAGAUGCAGAUAUCCUGAGUCUCUACGUCAAAUUCUAACAAUUUAUGGCGUAUGGUUACUACUUACACUAACACUGAGGCCAUUUGUAUACGGCACAUGUCUGUUAGCAGAAAACAUCCCUCAUAUUUGUUAAUGCUGAAGAAGGUUGCACUUAGUUAAUAGUUCUACCAAUUCUUUUGAUGAUCUCAACUUUUACUUUUAUGUGACUUCAUGUCAUUCUCUUGUUCAAGCUCUGAUUAUUCAAAGUUGUUAACUAGUCUCUGAUCUGUAAGGUAAAAUUGGAUGACCAAUAUAUCUUAACUCGGUAACUAUGGAGUAAAUGAUAUGGCUGCCUGCCUGUACUGGUUAAUUUGAACCUAUUCUAGAUGCAUACAGCCUCAGAUUAACUUCUUUUUUUUUUUCGUUCUCUUCAUCUUUUAUCAGUUAAGUCAAGAAUGAUUGGAGAUUCUUCUGCUUACAAAAACACAAUCGAUUGCUUCGUUGAAACUUUGAAGAAUGAUGCAUGAACGAUUCCUUCCUGUAACUUUCAUCUCAGAAGGACUUCUGGCCUUUUAUAAGGGCUUCAUCCCAAAUUUUGGACGGCUAGGAUAUUGGAAUGUGAUCAUGUUUAUAACCCUUGAGCAGGGAGUCCACCGAUCAUAAAUAGAAAUGGAGCGACUGGGAACUGUCCUGGUUGCACUAACGUUUCUUAUCAGAGAGCAGUAGAUGAUGGCGCUGAUAUAAUCGAUUGCUCGGUCCAAAUGUCAAGUGAUGGAGUUGCCUUCUGCUUAGAUUCCAUAGACCUCAAUUCAGGCACCAAUGCAUUGACUCAAUUCAUGACCAAGAGUGAGACCAUCCCUGAACUUCAACCUGAAGCUGGAGUCUUCUCGUUCCAGUUCACAUGGGAGGAGAUUCAGUCCUUAAAAACCCAACUGCAAAGUCCCUAUGGAACCAAGGAAAACGUGUAUAGAAACCCAGCUAACAAGGAUGCAGGCAAACUGGUGACCCUUAAUGAAUUCCUAGAGUUUGCCAAGGAAAAGGCAACUAGUGGAAUUUUGAUCGACAUUCAGAAUGCGCUGUACCUAGCAUGAAAGGCGGGUCUGGACAUUGUUGGUACUGUAACCUCUGCCUUGAAAAAUGCCACACUAGACAAGCAAUCGACUCAAAAGGUCAUGAUCAAAUCAGAUGACACUUCAGUCUUUUCUAAAUUCGCUGAUGAGAAAGCAUACACAAGGGUGUACAACAUUAAGGAGGAAUAGGUGCUACACCAAAGCAAUCAAUUGAAGAGAUCAAGAAGUUUGCAGAUGCAGUAACUGUCUCCAGAAAUUCGGUUAUUCAGUCCACCAGUUCCUUCAUCUCGGGAGAAACUCACGUCAUCAAGGAAUUGCAGGCUGCAAAUCUUUCAGUGUACAUCAAUUACCUGAAAAAUGAAUUCAUCAGUCUCAUGUUAUUAUCUCUUGGACCGCAUUACCGAAAUAGCUACAAAAUGAUGGGAGAUUACUGAAAGCAGCUAGAGAAUCUAUUCGUGCUCUUCAUCUUUUCUCAGGUAAAGUCAAGAAUGAUGGGAGAUUCUUCUGCUUACAAAAACACAAUCGAUUGCUUCAUUAAAACUUGGAAGAAUGAUGGACCUUUGGCCUUUUAGAAGGGCUUCAUCCCAAAUUUUGGACAGCUAGGAUCUUGGAAUGUGAUCAUGUUUCUAACCCUUGAGCAGUUUUCCUUCUGGCAGGCUAAGAAGUUCGUGAAAAGUAUAGAGUCAAAUUGAGAAGUACGUGAAGCCAAGAGAGUGGAUUGAGAUUGUAGGGGUAGCAUCUAGAGCAAACAAUAGUUGUUUUAGAGAAUAAUAAGGCCCUCGACAAACAUUUUUCUCCCGCACUUUUGCUAGCUGAGGAGAAGAAUCAUCUGAAGGAAAACUGCUUAUUGGAAACUCAGAAGUUUAGAAAUAAUUAGCAUUUGUUUUCUGGAUUACAUAUCUUUCCUUUGUCGUCAUAUUGAUGAAUUGUGAUUAUAAAACUACGGUAAAACAUGAAUAAUGAUGCAUAUUCAUAGAACAAUAAGAUAUUGGUUCUUCAAUA